GCUUCUGGUAUUUAUCACUAAGAGUCUUCUGAGAAAUGCAGGAACUUCAGCCAGUGCCUCGGAAAUAAAACGUCUGAGGCUCGGCAAGUAUGACAAAAUGGCAUGCAAUAAUUGUGAUGAGUUCGCGUGCGCUGCGUUUGCCGCUGCUGGGGACCGUGUCGAAGAGGAAUGUGGCUCCAAGGAGAUUCCGCACACUCAUUUCACGCGCAACACUCUUGUGCUAUUGUCAAUUUACCUGUUCCUACCCAACCAGUCAACCAAAAUAUAGCCUCUCUGUCAUCGCCAUUGGCCCAUACGUAUGUCUUCGAGGACAGCGGUUCGAGUGUCUUCAAGGCAAAUGGACUGAUGCUGUCUAAUGUUGUGGUUGAAACAAACACGAGCAACAUGGGAAGGCUGUUCAAAAAAUGCCGUAUCGGUUCUG